AUGGGUUUCAAACUUGUUGCUCUCAGUAGCUUUCUGCUGACUGUCAGCGCUCUGUCAAUCGAGCACAACACAGUCGGAGGUGGCUGUGUGGAUCUUCUCUGUCCUGACACUGCAACUCAUCACGGGCUCCGCAAUCUGGUCAACGAUGAAACACUGAAAACCGACGCCUGUACUGCGUGCAGUCAGUGCACGGAGAAUGGUUACAGUGUCUGUCUGCGACCAAAGGAUUCACGUGCUUCUCGUACCGCUGGCGGAUGCACAUGUGCUCACACCCUGGCUGCCAAUUGUCACACCGAUCUUGCUCAAACUCAACAUCCAGCUAAUCUUUCCAUGAAAACAUACUCCGCUUGUUAUGCUGAUGCUCUCCAACGCCCACCCCAACCACUAGCCGUCAAUGAAAACUCAUCAGUCGUCGUGACAAUUGAGCCAUUCUGGUUGGAGCCCUACUGGAGACACCUCAAAAUUGAAAAUGUAACUCUUCACUACAAAUUCCAAGUGAAGGCACCAGAGCAUUGUGAGGGAGAAGUUGAGUCGACGCCGACUGGAGUGCACACUUGUGUUGCUUCGGUCCUCGUCGAUUUGUCCGAGAGCAAGGAAGAUCAACCACAAGUGAAAGAUGACGAUGAUGAGUAUGAUCACAGUGAUAACUACGACCAAUAUGAUGAUGAUCUUCCACCAGAGGUUCAAUUUGACCGGGACGUCUUCUCCGGAGCCAAGGAACUUGAAUCCUAUUACACCGCCACCAUCCGCCGUGCUCGGCAGAUCAAGGCCUCAGCCUCUAAGGAUCAGCAGAUCUACGAUGGGGAAACCAUUAUUGAAUCGGAACAUUUGAAAUUCGACUUGAAGCCUGAAGUGUAUACAGCUGAUGGAUCGGAGAUUGUUGAUGGCCCACCACAAGAGGAUGCACUUCCAGGACCUGUCAAAGAUGCAGAGGAGACUGCUACUGUUGUUCAAGUUGAUAAGGAUGAGGGUGACGUUAGUGAGGAGACCGGUGGAACCAACUUCUUUGAGGAGGAGGAGAAGAAGGAAGAAGGGGAGACGAAGAAGGAGGAGAGCAGUGAGGAAGAGGAUGGAGUUUUGAAGGUUAAUCUGGAGGAUAUUGAGCCAACAAAGUUGAAGUCUCAAGAGGAUGCGAAGAAGAAGGAAGGAGAUGAAGAGGAGGAGAAGGAUGAAGAAGAGGCGGAAACAACUACAGUUGUGAAAGAGGAUGAGGAGAAGAAGGAAGGAGAUAAUGAGGGAGAUAAAGAGGAGGACAAGGAGGACAAGAAAGAGUCAGAGGAAGAGGAGGAAAAGGAUGGUGAUGAUGAAGAGACAACUACCACAUCCGAAGACGACGAGGAGAAGGAUUCCAACUCCGACGAAGAUGAAGAUGAGGAAUCUACCACCGUGGAGCUUGUCGAGGGAGAAACCCCAGACCCAUCCGAGCAGAACUUCUUGCAACGAAUCUACUAUUCGCCAGAUUACCUGAGAGUCCGUAAUAUUACCAUCGCCACUCUCAUUAUCUUCGCCGUGUUCUGUUCUCUCGGGCUCUGCUGCAUCUACAAAAACAAGUGUUGCAAGAGCAAGGAAUCCAAGACAUCAAAUGGUUACCGCUACACGUCAGCUAAUCCACCACCGCCAACCGAGUUGAAAACAGUAUCCCGUGUCCCAUCGGGUGUCGCACCGGAAGAUGAGCAUCAUCUGCUCGCUGCGGAUGAAGCAAUUGAAAAUUUCAAAAACGUGGUGAAAAGUGGAACAACAUUCAGUCCAAAAAAUGUUGAGCUUGGUAUUACUGUAGGAAUGGGGAAGUUCGGACCAAUUCACAGAGCAAUGUUCAGCUCAUUUAAUGGGAGUGUCCACGAUGUGAACGUGUAUUUGUUGAAAAACAUCGCGCGGCUUUCCGAUGAAGAAUUGGUAAAGCUGACGUCUCUUCUGAAAUCAAAUAUUGCCGCUGGAGCUCAUCAAAAUGUGGUUUCCCUGUGUGGAGUUUCUCCCUCUGGAUCAGAUGUAAUGCUAAUGUGGGAGCCACUACAUCAAUCAGUCCUUCGUGGAGUCCUUCGAGAGAGUCGUUGUGCCCGAUUUGGAACUGAACCAUUUAAUAUGGCAAGCUUCUUGUCUUCCGAAAGAUUAGCUGCAAUUGCAAUUGGAUGUUGUAAUGGAGUUGAACAUUUACUCAAAAAGAACGUCUUCCCACCACAUUUAUCAACUUCAAAUGUUCUAUUGGCUGAGAGAGGAAUUGUUAAAAUUGGAGGAUUCGGGCUCGCCGAGCAUCAUGCUCUUGACAUGACUACUGAAAGUGCCCCAACCAAACUUCGCUGGAUGCCACCAGAGUAUUUCAAACGAGAUCAAAAAAUGAUCUACAACGAGCAGACAAUGAUCUGGCCACUUGGAGUGACACUUUGGGAGAUAUUUUCUCUAGGUGGUACCCCAUUCGGCUCACUUCGUCAGGCUCAAACAUUUAUCGACGCGAUGCGGGAUGGUUCGGCACAGUUGGAUCCGAUUUCAUAUUGUGGUGAAGCUGUGACGCAACUGCUUGCAACGUGUACAUCUCACGUGCCUGAGGCGAGAGGCGACAUUCGAACGAUUAUUAAACGACUUGAGUGCAUUUCUGCUGAUGCUAAGACUCAAAUAAACCUGUGCUACCGUGAAGACUUCCCAUACUUGCCAAUUGUGACGCCAUUGGAGCAACAAGAAGAAUAGAGAUUAUACCACGUUUAAAAAAAUACAUUCAAUUUUUGAAGGAUGAGGAAGAUUUUGUAUUUAUUUUUUUCAAAUUUGCGCCGAAAAAAGUUGUCAGAGAACUAGAUUUUUCUAAACUGUGUGCUAAAUAUGACUUUGCGCGUAAAAUAUGAUGCAAUGGGUGGGUGAACUGCGUUCACAAAAAGCUCUGGCCCAACAGUUUCUCGAACAGGUUUGCUCGUAAAAUAUGGUGUAUUGUGAUAGCCAAAAGUUUUUGCGCCAAUGCACCAUAUUUUCAGAAAACUUCAAUGAUCAAUUUUGCGCAUAAAAUAUGAUGUAUUAAAAAAAACCAACUUUUUGUAUCAAUGCACCAUACUUUACGCGCAUAUUCAAUAUUUUAAUAUUAAUAGCACCAUUGAAUGUUAAUAAAUUUGUGCGUAGAAUAUGAUGUAUUAAAAUUUUAAAAUUUUUGUGCCAAUGCACCAAAACUCCCAACCUUCAAAAUAUGAAUGAUUUUCAAAAGUCCCCCUCCCAUGUUCUCAUUUAUUUUUCCCCCCUCCAAUUAUUUUCCCGCUUAAUUUCAUCCCGUUUUGUUAAAUGACAGAUUGUUGAUUUUUCCGAGAAUAAAUGUGCUUGUUGCGUAA